CUAUGUCGAUAAGAUUAAAAAAAAACUACCUAUACACAUGUUUUGUGGAUUUUCAAAAUUUUAUUUAAAUCCAAACAAAUUGAUUUCGGGACUUAUUAAGAAGAUGGCGAUCAAAACAUCAUUACUCGUAGCUUUCACUUUAGUAUUUUGUGCCUUUGUCAAAGCACAACCAACAUCAAGAAUAGUUGGUGGAAAGGAUGCAGAUAUUGGACAAUUUCCUUAUCAAAUAGUCUUGUAUAAAGAUGGUUCUUUUACUUGCGGUGGAUCUAUUAUCAGCUCACGUUACGUUUUGACAGCUGCUCAUUGUGUUGUCAUUGGUGAUGGUAUUGAAACUCUUCCAGGAGAAUACUUCACAGUUCGCAUGGGAAGUAUUCAACGAAUGGCUGGUGGAAAAAUAAUGCAAGUGAAAAAAGUAACAGUACGUAAGACGUACGGUAACUUUUUGGAUGACGUUGCUUUAUUGGAAUUGGAAGAUGAAAUUAAAUUCACUAAAAAUAUUCAGAAAAUUGAUUUAUUCGAUGGAGUAGUGCCAAAUAAUGCGUCAGUUACUAUUUCGGGUUGGGGACGUCUAACAACUGGUGGAAAGACUCCACAGCGUUUGCAAUAUAACACUUUGACUAAAUUAGAUCCGUCAAAAUGUGAAGAGACUAUCGGCUAUGGAACGGAUCAAAUUCUUUGCUUAGCUCAUUCGAAGAAUAAUGGAGCUUGUAAUGGAGAUUCUGGUGGACCAGCUACGUAUGAUGGCAAAUUGGUAGGAGUUGCUGGAUUUGUUGUCGACGGAUGUGGAAGUAAUUACCCGGAUGGGUAUGCUAAUGUGAGCUAUCACAGGAAGUGGAUACUUGAAAAUAUGAAGUAAUUCAAUUGUUGUUAUUUUCGAGGAAGAAGUACAUU